CUUCCAAUUCAAAUCCGAAAAAAGUAGAGAGAGAGAGAGAGAGAGAGAGAGAGAGAUGUUUGCUUGAGAAUCAAAUAAUUCCAGUUUUGUUUAUAAUUUUAAGCUGAGUCGAAAUCUACAGGUUCUGUUUUUCAGGAUGUUGAGAGAUUUCAAGUUUCUUCGACGCAAUGUGAAGAACAAUGAAGAAACUGAGAAUGUACCUGUAAACCCUAGAGAUUCGUUAGCGAGUCAAUCAAGCACUGACUCAACUAGGCCACCGUUGAAUACAAUUCAGGACCCAGCUCCAAACCCUAACCCUAGACAUGAUAAAACUCCAAACAAGCCCAAAGUUAGAAACUUUGAGCCUCUCCGUACACCAGAUAAGGUGUCCAAGUAUCGAUUCGGAUGGGCUCAGAGAAAUGAGUCCGGUGGCAGUAGUGUGAUAAGUAAUGAGUCGAGGGACGAGGUGAGGACUGAUUUUAGGGAUUUGAGCAAGGGAGGUGGUGGAUUUGGGGCUGUAGGGCCUAAUGUGACCCCAAGGGGGAAUAAGAGGGCCAAUUCAGAGAGUAAUUCGACGCAAAGUACGCCCUCCAAGAGUGUUGUUUCAAAGCCGCCUGUGAAUUCGGGGUUUAGGGGGAAAGGAGGGAGUUUUUCUGCAUUGUAUAGAGGUCUUCCGGUUUCGGCUGGUUUGGGGGGGACUACGGUUGUUAAUAGUGUUGAAGUGCCUCAUUUUGAUCUUAAGGAGGAUCCAUCAUUCUGGAUGGAGCAUAAUGUACAGGUCCUUAUACGUGUACGUCCUCUCAAUAGCAUGGAGAGGAGUAUGCAUGGUUACAACAGGUGCUUGAAGCAAGAAAGUGCUCAGAGCAUCACUUGGAUUGGUCAACCAGAAACUCGAUUCACAUUUGACCACGUAGCAUGUGAAACAGUUGACCAGGAAAUGCUUUUCAGAAUGGCUGGUCUUCCUAUGGUAGAGAAUUGCUUGUCUGGUUACAAUAGCUGUAUGUUUGCCUAUGGCCAGACAGGAAGUGGGAAGACGUAUACAAUGCUUGGUGAAAUUGAUGGUCUAGAAGUGAAGCCUAGCCCGAAUCGAGGAAUGACACCGCGGAUAUUUGAAUUCUUGUUUGCAAGGAUACAAGCAGAAGAGGAAAGUCGCAAGGAUGAAAGGCUAAAAUACAAUUGCAAGUGCUCAUUCUUAGAGAUUUACAACGAACAAAUUACAGACCUCCUUGAUCCCUCAUCUACCAAUUUGCUUUUGCGAGAGGAUGUCAAGAAGGGUGUCUAUGUAGAAAAUCUUUCAGAAUUUGAGGUUCAAACUGUGAGCGAUAUUUUGAAGCUUUUGACUCAGGGUUCCUUGAAUAGGAAAGUUGCAGCAACAAAUAUGAACCGAGAGAGCAGCCGCUCACAUAGUGUAUUUACAUGUGUAAUUGAGAGCAGGUGGGAGAAGGAUUCCACAACUAACCUAAGGUUUGCAAGACUAAACCUAGUUGAUCUUGCUGGUUCAGAAAGGCAGAAGAGUUCAGGAGCUGAGGGCGAGCGUUUGAAGGAAGCUGCAAACAUUAAUAAAUCAUUGUCCACAUUGGGUCAUGUAAUUAUGAUUCUACUGGAUGUGGUCCAUGGGAGGGCAAGACAUGUCCCUUAUAGGGAUUCGAGAUUGACCUUCCUUCUUCAGGACUCACUUGGAGGAAACUCAAAAACAAUGAUCAUUGCUAAUGUUAGCCCUUCUAUCUGCUGUGCAGCUGAAACGCUUAAUACACUGAAAUUUGCUCAGCGAGCAAAACUUAUUCAAAACAAUGCUGUGGUUAAUGAAGAUUCCAGUGGAGAUGUCAUUGCACUUCAGCAUCAGAUACGGCUUCUAAAGGAGGAGCUCUCUUUCCUAAAACGUCAGAAUGUCUCCAGGUCAUUGUCAUUUGGUUCAACUGGAAAAGAUACAAUGCAAGAGCAAGAUACAGCUUCCACGGAAAUCAUGCAUGACAUGGAUCAACAGCAUGCUGAUGAUUUGCGUGGAGUUGGAGGCAAAGGCAUUGUUAGAAUGUCUACUAAGCAGUUGAAGUCGUUGGAGACAACUCUUGCUGGCGCUUUGAGAAGAGAGCAGAUGGCAGAGACUUCCAUCAAGAAACUUGAAGCUGAGAUUGAGCAACUGAAUCGUUUGGUUCGUCAAAGAGAAGAAGAUACCAGGAGCACUAAAAUGAUGCUCAGAUUUCGAGAAGACAAGAUUCAGAGAAUGGAGUCACUGGUUGGUGGCUUGUUACCUCCUGACACUUAUUUGCUGGAAGAGAACCAAGCACUCUCUGAAGAGAUUCAGUUGAUUCAAGCUAAAGUGGACAAAAAUCCUGAAGUGACUCGCUUCGCACUGGAGAACAUAAGGCUGUUGGACCAACUCAGAAGAUUUCAAGAAUUCUAUGAAGAAGGGGAGAGGGAGAUCCUCCUGGAAGAAGUAUCUAAACUGCGAGAACAGCUUCUUCAAUUUCUUGACGGGAAAUUUAUGAUGCAAAAUCUUCCAAAUGCAAAUAGCCAACCUCAGGAAGCUAUGCGCACCAACAAGGAAAAUGAUUCUCUGCAUCUAGAGUUGAAGAACACCCUCAAUGAAUUAGACAAGUGCAGGUGUAAUCUAAAUUCUUGCUUAGAGGAAAACCAAAAAUUAAGCAGGGAAAUUAAUGAUUUACAGUAUAUGCUAGACAACCUCAAAUCUGUAACCCAUGACCGAGAUGGUGACAUUAAAAUGUUAAAGAAUUUCUCAGGAGCUCCAACUUCUGAAACUGUCAUGCGUGAUGGAGUUCAGUGUAAGUUGGAAAGCAUGGAAGCUGCUCCAGAAAUGAUGAAACAUGCAGAAGAUGUCUUGGAUUUGCAGCUCGAACUUGAUAUAUUGAAGAUUAUUCUCAAAGAAGAGAGAUCUUCUCAUGAAGAAAUAAAAGAAAGGUCAUUGUGCUCAACCAGAGAUCUUGAACUGGCAAAAGUACAACUUAACUUUGUAACCAAACAAUUUGAAGAUGCCACUUGUGAACUGAAGGAGGUGAAGUUAGUUGUUGAAGCUCUUGAGUCCCAGCAAAUACUAGCAAUCAAUGAGAUGGAAGACCUGAGGAAAAGUAAGAUUCACUAUGCAAAGCUUUUGGGUGAAAAGGAGCUUCAAAUGAUGGUUCUGAAGGAGCAAAUUUCUGAAAAGGAGUUAAGAGAUCUCCCUUCCAAGCAUUCAGGGGGUGAGGACUCAAUUUUACAGAAGAAGUUGAAGAUGAUGCAAGAUUCUCUUGAGAAGGCCAAAAGAUUGAAUGUUUUAUACCAAAAUGAUCAUGCAUUUCAGGCAUCUAAUGAAGAAGAAAUGGACGAAGUUCGUCAGCAGGCUGAAGCUGAAACUGCUGAAGUUAUUGUCUGCAUGCAAGAAGAGCUUUCCAUUCUUCAGAAUCAGGUCCAUGAUUGCCACUUGAAAGAGAUGGAGACUAAAAACAUGGUGAUGCUCUUGGAAACUGAAUUGAAAGAGUUGCGGGAAAAGCUAUAUGUUUUAAAUGAAGAAAACAGGGGGCUGAACGAAAUGCUUGAGGGCAAAGAUGGGGAACUGAAAAACUUAUCUGAAGAAUGGGAAUUUCUAGCUUGUGAGGUUGAAGCAAUUCUUGCUGAUGGACAAGAGGCAAUCAUGGAUGCCGCUGAUCAGGUUGACCUUAUUUCUAGUUCCUUCCCUGAGAAGAGGAUCUGGAUCUCUGAACAAGUUGGCAGGUUGAUUAGAACCAUCUCUGAGAAGGAAUUACUGAUUGAGGAGCUUGGAAAAUGUCUAGAGGAUGCUAACGAUAAACAAAAUGAUGUGGAAUGCAUGCUUAAUUCUCUGAGAGGGGCAGCACUGGUAAUGAAUGAAGCAAACCAGCAGGAGUGCAAUGAAAAGGAGGAAGAAAUUCUCUUCUUGAAUUCUCAGUUGGCAGCAAAAACAUCUGCCAUUGCAGAGCAGGAGAAUAAAGUGAAGGUAGCAGAACUUCAUGCCAGAAAAGCUUCAGAUUGUGCAACGGUUGCUUUUGUAGUUGUGAAUAGAUUAUCAGAAGUGAAUCUCAACAAUCUCCAUGAAUUAGCGUAUAAGAACAUGCAACUUAGUGAAUCAGCGGCAAUUAGCCAAAGGAAGGAAGCUCUUCUGAAUGACCAAGCAACUGCUAUCAAAGAAGCAGAGGAACAGAUUCAGUUUUUGAAAAUGGAAGUAGCAGAGUUGAAGGAGACAUGUGCUCAACUUCAACAGAGACUUUCUGAGGAGGAGAAACAUGCACGUGCCAUGGAAGAAAAGCUGGAAGAAAUUGAAGAGAGUGACAUUUUGAACACAAGGGAGAAAUUGGCUGAGCUGAAAACUGGUGUGUCCUCCAUCAGGUCAUGCAUGGCUACCCAUGGAAAGUAUGAUCGGAGUCCUGAAAUGAAUGAAAGACAAAGGGAUGGCACAAGUAAUAAUGGUGGCAGUGGAUGGACAGAUGCUGGAGAGGGGAUGAGAAUUGAUGUCUCUGAGAGUUCUUCUACAAUAGGAAAGAGAUCAUUGGGCACUUCAUGUGGUAGGAAAGAUGAGGUUCUCAGAACUCCCAAGGAUGUCACCAUUAUUCUUCUCAAAGGGGAAAUAGAGUUUGCUCUUGAAAGCUUGAAAGAGGUUAAAAGGGAGAUGGCUAAAUUACAUGCCGAGAAAGAAGAAAUCUGGAUGUCUGAGAAACAGAGUCAGGAAAGCAUGAAAUGUUUCACAACUCAGAUACUCGCGCUUCAGGAAGUUUUUAAUAACUUUGAAACACAAUUUGAAACGAAGAUACAAACUGUUAAUGAUAAGCUACAAGCAUUUGAACAAAUCAUCCAAGAAGCUGGGAUUUGCUGGUGCCAAACCAAAGAGUUCCUUGAAAUGGAGGUUGGUGACGCAAAGAUAGUUGCAGUUCAGAAAAUGGCGGAGGCUUCUUGUAUUUAUGCCAAAUUCGAAGAGGCCCAAGAUACGAUGAAAGAAGCUGAUAUAAUGAUCAAUGAACUGAUGAUAGCCAAUGAAGCAAUGAAGCUUGAUAUGGAAAGGAUGAAACAAAUUGAAGUUAAAUUAACCAGUGAAAGGGAUAUGCUUGAUAAUGAAGUUCAGAGCUUGCAAUCUCUGAAUGGACUCAAGGAUCAACAAUUUGAAGAUCUUGAAAUGCAGUUUGGCUCAGACUUAAUGGAAACAAGAGAUCUGGUUGUGCAGCUGGAGGGUGUCAUUUCACAGGUUCAGAUCUCUUUCGAAAAUUUUUUGUCUAUGUUGUGUGAGUUCCACAGCUUGAAGGCACUGGUUUUAGACUCUGGAAAAUUGGUGCGGUCAUGGCUUGAAGAUGUCUGGUCUGAGAUAAUAGUAAAGGAUUCUGCUGUCUCAGUACUACAUCUCUGUCACAUGGGCAUUUUGUUAGAAACAGUAACAGGUCUGAAUGCAGAAAAUGGUUUGCUUCAACACGGCUUGUCUGAAUCAGACUCGCUUAUAACUGAUCUCAGAGAGCGUAAUUCCAAAACAAGUAGAGAGCUUCAAACAUGCAGAACCCUGAAGGGGAAACUGCUAGUUGACAUCAAGAACAGUUUUUUUCGGAUCUUGAGGAAAGAAGAGGAAACAGAGAGGUUUGGGCUUAAGUUAACAUCUUUUGAGAAAAAGAUCUCUGAUAUACAGCUUCAAGAGGAGUUGAUGUUACAGAGGUCCAAUUACAUGGGUUCUCAGCUUGCUGUUCUAAUGAAGGAGUUGGACUCAACUAACACAAAUGCUGUAGAAUCCCUUUUCAAUCAAGAGAAAAUGCUGGAAGAUGAAAAGGAACUUCGGAAUUCUCAAACUGAGCUUUUUAUGAUGGAUUUGUGCUCAAAAGACAUCGAAUCAUUCAUCUUAGCAUCACAGCUUGAAGAGAUGCGUCUCAGAGAAGUAGCAGCGGAGAGAGAGCACCUCAAUUGUUGCUCUAUCUUGGAGAAUUUAAAGAAUGAAGUAAUUUUUUCCAAAAUUGACAGUGAGUUGAAGGAACAUCUAUUAGUGGCCAAGGAAGCAGAUGUUGCUUUUCUGCAAAGAAAAGUUAAAGAGGCAAAUAGGGAGGUGCAGGAUCUAUUAUCAAGUCUGAAGGAUGUUGCGUGUUCCAAUGAUAAGUUGAGAAGCGAACUUGGUGAAGUCAUGACAACUAGGAUGAGAUUGUUAAGCCUGAUUCAAGAACUUGAAGCCGAGUGUGAUAAACUGCAAAAGAAUUUGAAGAGUAAGGAAUCAGAUUUGGAAAAGUCUUCCAGUCACAUUGAUGUUAUCAGCCAACAAAAGCAAGACUUGCAGAAGAGCAUUUGCCAAUUGGAAACAGCAUCAAGCAAACUACAAACUGAGCUGGAAUUGAAAGAUUCAGAGCUCAGAAGAUUGAAUUGGUUGGAAGAGGAAAACAAGUCUCUAAAGGAUGAGGUCUCAAAUUUGAAGACUGAAAAGAGCUUGGUUCUACAAGACUUGGAGAAAAAGAAAUCUGAAGUUGAAUCAUCUCUAAGCCAGGUUGAUAUGGAGAAUGAUAGGCAGCAGGACAAAAUUCUCUCUUUGGAGAGUGUCAUUGCCAGUCUACAGACUGAUCUGGAGAUGAAAAGUGCCGAGGUAAAUGAACUCCAGAAUUCUCAAUCUGUUGCUAAAGCUGAUAUGUGCUUAAAAAACCAAGAUUUGCAAACUUUUGUCUGCAAAUUAAAUGCAUUGAAGGAUGAGAACAUUCUUUUGAGGAGUGAAAUUAGGUCUCACAAGAAAGUUUUGCAUGAAGUCCUCACCAAGUCAGCUUUGAACACAGCAAAGUAUGUUGCAUCAAUGGAAAGUGUACACUCAAUCAGUCACAAGUUAUUUAACGGAAUGGAGAAAGAGUGCUAUAUGCUUGCAGAAAAAAUGUUUCACGAGAUUUGUGAAAAUAUAGAAGGGAUGUCUGAGUUCAUAAAAGAGAUUGAAUGCUUGGAAAGUUGCACUGCAGAUCUGGUCUCUGACAACAUGAGCCUCCAGGCUGAGCUAUUGAGGAAGGAUGAUAUUCUAAAAGGACUGUCAUUUGAUAUGAGCCUGUUGCAGGAGUCAGCAUCUAAUACUAAGGAUCAAAAGGAUAAGCUGAAGGAAGUGAUGGCUUCUAUGGAGGCUCUAGAAGAUGAGCUGGUUGUCAAAUCAAGUGAGCUUGAACAGACUGUUGCUCAUAGUCAGUUGCUUGAAGCUCAGCUCAUGGAGAAGAUAGAUGCAGUGUCUAAUCUUGAGUCUGAUAUUGCUAAGGGACACUUGUCCCUAGAAAGUCUUUCUUGUGAAAAUCUGGAUCUGAGAGCCCAAAUUCAAGAAGCCUUGGCUGCAAAAUGUUCUCUUGAGGAGGAGUUAACUGAGAAAAGGAGUUUGACAGAGAGCUUAGAGACAGAACUCUCACAAAUGGGUGAUGCUCUUGGAGAAAUGAGUGAUACAAUUGAAUCUUUAAGGAGUCAUCUGAGUGAACUUACUAGCGAGAGGGAUCAGCUCCAACUGAAGAUGCAUAGUUUAGAAGAUAAGCUACAAAGAACAGAGGCUUGGGCUGAAGAAACUGAAGCUAUUGCAGAAGAGGCCCAACAGACUGCUGAAUCCAGAAAGAUCUAUGCUGAAGAAAAAGAAGCAGAGGUAAAGCUACUUGAGAGAUCUGUUGAAGGGCUAGAGUGCACAAUUAAUGUUCUUGAAAACAAGGUUGAUAUUCUUAAAGGAGAAGCAGAACGACAAAGAUUGCAGAGAGAAGAACUUGAAGACGAGCUUCAUUCUGUGAAAUAUCAGAUGCAGAAUGUUGAAAAUGUUGACUCUGGCAUUAAAAGGCAUUUGGAAGAGAAGGAAAGAGGCCUAGAAGAAGCACUGAAGCAUAUACAGAUCCUUGAAAGCAGUAUAUCUGACAAGGAUGCAGAGAUUUCACAGUUCAAGGCCCAUGUCACUGAGCUAAAUUUGCAUGCAGAAGCACAGGCUAGUGAGUAUAAGCAGAAGUUCAAGGCAUUGGAAGCCAUGGUUGAACAAGUAAAACCUGAGGGCCAUAUCUCCCAUAGCAUGAGCUCCUCAUCAAACAAAUCAGAGAAAAAUGCUGCUAAGUCCAGGGGUUCCAGUUCCCCUUUCAAAUGCAUUGGUCUGGGCUUGGCACAACAAAUAAAAUCUGAGAAGGAUGAGGACCUUGCAUCUGCAAGGCUAAGGAUUGAAGAGCUGGAAUCCUUAGCAGUUAAUCGACAGAAAGAGAUAUUUGCCUUGAAUGCCAGAUUGGCUGCUGCUGAGAGCAUGACCCAUGAUGUAAUCCGAGAUUUACUAGGAGUGAAACUGGAUAUGACAAAUUAUGUGUCACUAUUGGAUGAUAAACAAGUGCAGAAGAUUGCAGAAAAAGCUCAGCUUGGUACCUUUGAGCCUCAUGUAAAGGAUCAGGAAAUUAUCAAGCUUAAGCAGCAGCUCAAUGGGUUUAUUGAGGAGAGGCGAGGUUGGCUAGAGGAAAUUGAUUGUAAACAUGCUGAGCUGGUUGCUGCACAAGUAGCAUUGGAAAAGCUUCAUCAGCGGGAUCAGUUACUCAAAACUGAGAAUGAAAUGUUCAAGAUGGAGAAUGUAAGUCAUAAGAAGAAGGUGAUGGAACUUGAGGGGGAGGUAAAGAAGCUGUCUGGCCAGCAAAAUAUCCAGCAGCGUAUACAUCAUCAUGCAAAAAUCAAGGAAGAGAACAAUUCACUUAAAAUUCACAAUGAGGACAUGAGUGCUAAGCUGCGGCGAGCAGAGAUCAAUCUUUCACGUAUCAAGGAAGAGCUUGCACAUCAUCGUGCUUCUGUUGGGAAAGGUCCAUAUAUAGAUUUUGAUGGGGAACAAAGGUUAAUGAACCAACUUAAGGAAACUGAGGAUGACAAGGUGCAAUUAGCACAAAAGUUACUGGGCUUGUGUACUAGCAUUUUGAAGGCAGCUGGGAUAACAAAACCUGUAUCCAGUAUAACCCCAACCAUCGCUGAGGAUGCUCUUGAGCAGCUGAAAAACAGAAUCACUUCGCUGGAAAGAGAACUGCAAGAUUUGACAGUCAAGGCUAAGAUUACCAAUGAAAGGAUACGAUUGUCUGAGCUAAGGCCCCAAACUUCACCAAUAAACUCAAGGACAGAUGACAACCGUCAAACUCCAAGAAGGGGCCAAGUUCCAUUUUUUUCUGCCUUGGACCGAUAGCAUUAACGAUUUUCACUCAUGACAGUUAUACAGCACUACAAGCCAAGCUCAUGCGUGUGUUUUUGCCUGUUAUGUUGGUGCCUGUACAUAUCGAUUUUUUUGUUAAGCUUGUAUAAUCUAUUCUUUUGCUGUAAAAUUUAAAAUGCAGAGAAGGCAAGGUGACCAAAACACAACGUUGUCUCAAAAAAUCUGCCUCGUCUUUCACUACUUGCCCCAUCUUAAUUUUAUUUUGAUAACAAAACGAUCUAGGAUCUUUAGCGUUCUUUAUUCAAUUAAACAACACAUGCAUCCAAUUUUAUUUAAUUUAUUUUUUACUUUUUGUUACUAUUAA